GGCUUAAUGUUUGCAAAUGGCGGGCACUAUUGGCGAUCGCUAAAGACCUAUUGUAACCUUAUUAGAAACACACUCCCAAACACAAUCAGUUUUACAUUUAAUCGCUACUGAUCGUAAUUGUCAAGUGAUAAACUCGACGGCAGCGAGGAUGUCGGCGGACUUUUAUAUACGCUAUUACGUCGGCCACAAAGGCAAGUUCGGACACGAGUUUCUGGAAUUCGAGUUCCGGCCGGACGGCAAGCUGCGGUACGCUAACAACUCCAACUACAAGAACGACACGAUGAUACGCAAAGAGGCGUACGUGCACCAGUGCGUGAUGGAGGAGCUCAAGCGCAUUAUCCAGGACUCUGAGAUCAUGCAGGAGGACGACUCACUCUGGCCGCCGCCGGAUCGAGUUGGUCGCCAAGAGCUGGAGAUCGUCAUCGGUGACGAACACAUAUCGUUCACCACCUCCAAGACUGGUUCUCUGCUGGACGUGAAUCAGUCGCGAGACCCGGAAGGACUGCGAUGUUUCUACUAUCUUGUGCAGGAUCUCAAAUGCUUGGUGUUCUCUCUAAUAGGACUACACUUCAAGAUCAAGCCCAUAUAAAUCUGUGUCUAAAGACUUCUCUGUAAUCCCCUUCUUCUACUGCGCUUCUUUAUUUUAAUAAAAUAUAGAUAUUUGUACUUGAA